AUGAGACAGUGCAUGAAAUGCGGCCCGGGAGACCUCGGCCAGUGUUUCGGACCAAACAUCUGUUGCGGAGAGCUGAUUGGCUGUCACAUACGCACCUUGGAGAGUGCUGCAUGCGCAAAGGAAGACCUCGUACCGAUACCGUGCGAGGUGCGCGGGAGAGCGUGUGCCGACGGCAGGGGGCGCUGUGGUGCCGACGGCAUCUGCUGCAAUGAAGAGACCUGCACUAUAGACGAGGAAUGCAGAACAGAGGGCGCCACGAUCGACAAGGAGAACGCCGUGGCGAAACGAGUGAAAACGGAGAAGAGCCAACAGCUGGAGGAAUUGUUGCAGCGACUGCUCGCUAGGGAGCGCAGCGUUCGCGCAUCCGUUGGAGGACUACCUGACGCGGCGCUGACGCCCCGGUAGAUGGCGUGGCGUGCGUUCUCUCACAACACGCCGCGACGGAAAGGCGAGGAUGUGAAACUGGUAACACAAUAUUAUUGGGGGUGUUGCGAUUUUUGUUUGCGUUGUCACGUUUUGGGCAAUAUGCAACAUAUCUACGGAAAAGCAAAUAGGUUGCGUUUGCGAGUGUGUACAUGCGUGCGUGUGCGUGCGUGUGCAUGCGUGUGCG